AUGUAUGACGGCGAAAUGCUCAGAUGGUACUAUCGUCGGUACAACAAGGCUGGACCUAUGAUGCAUGCUGCUGUGGACGCCCCUCAAACACUAUUCCUAAUCGACAACGUGGUUAACGGAUUCAGCCUACAUCGUUUGGAAGAUGGAGCCUGCAUCUGUACCUACAAUACCAAUCCAGUGAAGACAUUCCACAACACAGUUGUUUUUGGGGACUGGGCUACCCUUGUUGUUGGAGGUAGUGACACAGGAACUAUUCGGAUUUUCGACAAAAUGAUGGUGCCCUUAAGCAAGUAUUGCAACAUGCAGACAGGGGGACGAGUACAAACUGUAAUGACAUACGACAGUCCACAACAGCCUGAUUUUGGAGCAACAUCUACCAACGAUGCAGAACCGACCAUCUCCAUCUGGUGUCGCAAACGUGCAAUAUCACCAAGCGACCGUCCUCUGGGGUCAGAGGUCAAGAAUUUGUACGGGGAAUAA